UAAUUUAACGCACACCGAUGAAAAAAUGUCAAAGUAAAUAAACAAGUUAUUUACAAAGUUUUAUCGGCAAGAGAUUUCAGAAAUUGUGAAAUGUAGAGUCAGACAAAGUUAAGUAUGGAAAACUGCCACAGUGUUAAUUCAUGCAGAAGAUCUCUUCCAUCGACAAUGAACCAUUGAGGUAUCUUCAUACACUGUGAAGCAUUGCAUUACAUUUUAUCCACAGUCAAGCAUUUAGGCACUUUAAGACAACAAGUGAGAUGGGGAAUGGCGCAUCAUUUCUACGUUCUCAAGAUGAUGAUGAUAUACUCGGUACAGAUUUGGAUGGAAGCAGUAAAGGUGUCAUUAAAAGGAUCCCUAUUGAGAUGAAACCUAGAGGUAAACUUGGUAACAAGAUAACAAAUUCUGUUCUCCGGAAACCAAAAGGAGGAAGCCUUAGGUCGGCUUUAUCCAUAGAUUUAGAAAAUCCUGAAGUUGAGCGUAUACGUAGAGAAUAUGAAAUUUAUCGUCUUAACACAGAAAAUGAAAUACAGAAUACGUCGCGAGAAAAAACUAAACUAGAAACUGACAAUAAACGUUUGCGAGCAGAAUUGACCGUAUUACAACGUACAUGUAACAACAUGAGACAAGAGAGAGAUGCUGCUUACGAAGAAAAACUUCAAGCCUUGGCGAGGGCCGCAGCUUUUGAACAUGAUAGGGACAAAGUUCAGAGAGUAUUUAAGAUAUUUCGAGAAACAAAGGAGAGUGAGAUACAGAAUUUACUGCGAGCAAAACGAGAACUAGAGAAUAAAUUGAGCAAGGUUGCCCAUGGUUACUUACCAGAAGAUACUGAUACCACAUCUAGAACCGGCAUUGACAGUAACAGUAGUCCGGGUGAUUGGUGGACGAACGUUGAGUCUGAGUCAUCUAUGGGUAGUACUGUACAGUUACAUCAGAGCACGCUGAGAGGACCGGAGUUUGCCAGCAGUAUGAUGGAGUUUGAUGGACCGUUCACUAAUGUUAAUAAAGAGGAUUGGUCAUCAGCUCUCGCCACGUUAAACCAGAUUGUUCCUAUUAUACCAGAGCAGUCAUUGAGUUGUUCUCUUAGGUUGUAUAUAUCAGCGCCUAAAGAUGCCCAAUCUGAGGUGGACAUGUUUAUGAAGGAAUAUAGACCUAGACUAAGCUCACUGUGUAACAAAGAAGGUAGAAGUUUGGUCACUAUACAUUUACAAUAUGAUGACCAGGACAAUAAUCUGGAAAUGCAGCUAAGAUGCAGGAAACACCAUGCACAGAAAUCUUCUAUAUUCCUUGCUUUCCUGGGAGAUAACUCUAACAGGUUUACUGCUAUAGAAUAUAAAUGUGGACAUUUAGAUCACCCUGGUAAUAAAACAGCUAUUUUCUGUUUUAGAGAAAUAAAAGG